CGGGCGAAAAGUAUUCGGAAAGAAAACGUACCUUCUUCUUACGCGCAUUCUUGGAAGAUCUCAAAAGCAUGAAGGACCGGAACAAGAUAUCGGAUGUAUUCAAGUCGGGGACGAAACUGUUCAAACAACUGAAGGCGCCACUGGCUAAAAGCACCCUAAAAAAAUGGAACACACAUGUACAAGGCUCGAAAAUACUCGCUGAAGAUACCAGUAUCACUUCUGGUUCUGACACGACGUCGAAAACGAAAUUAGUAGCAACUUCAAGUCCCACUUCUGCUCCUGGCUCAAAGAAAUCUUCUUUCUUUGAUACAGCCUUGUCGAAUGUUCUGAAGAGCGCUGGCUUCUCUACGCGGUCUUCAUUGCCGCUGGUUUUUUUUAAGGCUUUUCCCAAUUGUUCAUCUUAUCAAAAAGAAGCAUCUUUCUCUUUGUAGUCUUUUUCAGGGAGAAAAUAAAAAGCUCAGGGAUACCUUUCAAGAUGAACAACAUAACCAAGGUCUAAUUUUUGCUACGGUCUCGUUUUCGAAAAUCUGCUGUCUGGUCCGUUAGGGAGUCCGCUUUUACCCCCACGCAGCAUCCUGAGCAUGAAACCCGCAGAGUUGGACGCAGAUAACCUCUCGGAGAAUGAAGUCGAACAUCAAGGUCGCGCUGUAGGUGAGGGUGUUGUAGCUAGUAGUAAAGUACAAGUACAACAAGUACUAGAUCAUCAUCAACAUGAUACAACUAGUACUAGGACAACAAGGUCAAGGACAACUCGAUUUUACCAUCCCCUUUUGACUCCUCAUUUGGAUGGGCUUCGGUAUAGUCGAGGGGCAACAACUGUGGAUGGAGGAGGAGGGCUUGACUUCUCCUUCCCACAAGAAGAAGCUGCACAUGGCAUUGCGUCGUUCUUGUCGCCUCUUGACGCUGAGGCGGCCCAGAAGACGAAAGACAACAUCUUUGUCAUCGGGGACUCGACAAAGGAUUGGGCAAAUUUUCUCAACAUGACUGUCCUUCCUGUUGGUGUUGCCACUGCUACACCAGAAAAGAUGUCUCCAAGUGAGUAUAACGGCUACCGCUAUGUCAUUCACCAUGAAAGCUUAGCAGAGUGGGAAGCCUCUUCCGGAGGAAUGUCCUUCAGUAGCAAGUUUCCACUCUCAAGACUCUCUGCGACUGCGAAGGCCAAGCUCGCGGAUGCCCGUUUUGUCGUGUGUAACGGUGUCGUUACUUCACUCGGGGCCGCCGCUCCUCAAACGGGUCGUGGAGCACGCACUUUUCCAACAGAAGGAAGUGGAAAAUCGACAUCUUCCUUGCCGUUCCCCUGCACACCUCGUAUCUCUGCCAUCCAUGCCAACGCGCCGAAGUGGCGCCAUGGCAUGCGCACGAAGCGACUGACCAUGAGUUUUUUCCCACCAAAAGUGCAUGAACAUGAAGCUGAAGGUAGCUUCUACGAAUCGGAAAAAUUAAUGAGCAGGGAAGGGAAGGUGCAGGAAAACAGAGUAAAGCAUUUCCCCAUCAACGAAGUAUUGGCCAUUCUCGAUCCUCUCGCCGCACACACACCUAUUGUGGCGACGGCGCUUCAGCUCCUGCGCGAUGAUUUUGCACUGCCCGUUUUGCUACAUCUGCGUCACCAGGACAGCUCUACUUCCCUGGAUCAUGCAGGAGCUUCAUCUGAAGGCGAACAUCGAGGGUCUGACUUGAGACAUUGGUCGCGCACCAGCGUUUAUGGAGAGGAUAUUAGCUUCGCGGGUAUACGCACAAACGGUCGACUCCGCGUUGAGAUAGUCCCGCCGCAUCCUGCCUGGCAAGUGCGGUUGGUAAGCGGCACUGGGGACUUGGAUAACCUCCGUGCGGCCGAGGCAACCCAGCUAGAUGAAAAAUUUCGAGGUGAAUACGAAGUCACAGGAACACAUGUGCCGGUCUUACUAGUUGAAGAUGACAAGAACAAGAAUCACGAUCGGAAUGAACAACAAAAAUUUUCAUCUUCUAGAACUAGAAGUGGGAAAAUCAAGAAUAAGAAAAAAUCGAAAAAAGAAAAGAAAGCAGCCGCAGCAGCAGUUAUGAAGGACGAGCCUCAUGUUGUCGACCUGAACGCGGAAGCAUUCACAAAGUCCAUACUUAGUGCAAAGCCCCCAAAGAAUGCUCAACCAGAACUAGAACCAGGUAGCGGCUCAAGUUCCUCUAGUAUUAAAACUGACAUUGUGGUCGAUGAGACAGCUCUCGCGACAAAUGCGAAGCGCCAGUCUCCCAUCGGAGUCUCAAACUACGUUUCCAUCUACGAUGAGCGACAUGACUACCACAAAAUACGAAGCCAAAUGUUGCCUGUGCCUCGGGACAUCCUAGUGGGGAACAAAUGGCAGGAUAACCUGAGUCGCAAGUGCCUGCUUGUUGGGCACACAGUCUUCAACCCAGACCAUGCAGAUCAAGAUGCUGUCUACGGUGUCGUGUCCCGGAAGCACGUGCUUCCAGUGAAUAACAUUCAUAGCGUGAGUGUCACCGCGGAUGAUAUUGCUACUGCUCGUUCUCCAGCAGAACCGACAGGAGAAACAAGUGGUAGCAAUGCAGCUGAAGAACACGAAAACGAAGUUUUACCACUUUCUCACUCUUAUGCUCUCGUCCUAGAAAACGAAGACAACAUCACGUCAAGAAGAGCUCCUUUGUUCCUACAACAGAAUGAAGAACAAGAUGGGAGUACAGCUGCGAGGAUAUUUCCACUGCCUACAAAUACCCUGUUUCCGGAACCUGUUUACGUACCACAAGCGGCCUACAUGCACGUUUGCCCAGGCUUAUGGGAUAGCCUCUCGGCAUUAGAAGAGGACAUUGACGCGGACGAUGCACAGGUCAAGCGAGCGCUUGAGAAGCUAGAGCAACUCGAGAAAGAAGGAACUACGCUUAAGGCUUGGGAGUUGACAUCUCUAUGCGCGUCUCUAGGUCUUCUUCCAGUAGGAAAGCCACAGAUAUGCGAGCUAGAGAUGCCAACUUUCAACCCCUAAUACGCCUGUGCCGGAUCUACAACUUGAAGAUGAAAAUAAAGUAAGAGAUGAAGACCACAACGGCGAAGUCGAAGAUCAUGUUCAGGAUGAAAUUGAAAAUAAUAUGCGCAGGCAUUCUACUCUUCCUAGUAAGGAAAAACAUGUAGAAAACGGAAGGCCACAGUUGAAGAUUGACAUCAACAACCGGGAUGCUGCCGGAAGCAAAGCGGAGAAAAAAUUACUGCAGAAGGGCUUUGAGGAUUUGAUGGCUACUGACGCUAAGCUUGCGGCUGAGAUGGAGACGGACGAACCAUCCGAGGCAAGCUUACAAAAAAUAGUCGACAUGGCGCAUGAAAUGAAGACGUCUUCACCAACCAGAAGUACUACUACAUCAACAGACCACGAAGGCGUUGAACCUGAAGUCUAUGGCUCUGGUUCUGCUUCUGUGGAACUCUUGAAGCCCAUGAAGACGAAAGACGAAUUGCGCUCCUUAAAAUCGCAAGUGUAUCCGAACCAUAACGAGAAAACAAUCCACAUUUUUUCCGUCGCAAGUGGGUUGCAGUACGAACGAUUGCUAGGGAUCAUGAUGGCCAGCGCACGUCAUCAGACGCCGAUGGAUUGGAAGCUCCUUUUCCAUGUGCUCGCGGAUUUUCUCAGUCCCGUUUUUCAUGCUACGAAGGACGACCUCGAGAGAAAACUGCCAAACACGGAAAUCGACCUCCUCUCAGUGCCAGCGUGGCCCGCAAGCUUGUACAUGGGUCAAAGCGAAAAGAUUGGAAUCCGGAAUGACAAACAGCGUCUCAUCUGGGCCUACAAGAUCCUUUUUCUCGACAUUCUCGUAUGGCAAAAAGAUGACCAGAAUCAAUCGUAGUACUAUAAGAGAGCUGCUAUUAUUUGUUUCUUGAUGCGAGGGCCUUUGUAGCUGAUGUGUACGCCUUCCAUGAUGUUGUUUUUUUCCUAAAGAUGAAAACAACGGAACAAUUCUUGAGGACUUUGUUCCCAGUAGAAGCUGUUCAUCUUCAUGGUGGCUUCUCGGCUUUCGUGUUUCAAUCAUUUUCUUGCUGCUCACCAUGUUGACGUAGUUUUGCGAUCGUAUUUUCUCUAUAUCACCCUCCUAUCCUCGCUUCAUCCCCCUUCUACGGCAAGACGGAGCGCGUGAUCUUUAUCGACGCCGAUCAGAUUGUGCGGUCGUCAUUGGUUCCGCUCUGGCGAGUGAAGACAAGGCCCCUGGACGCGUGGGCCUUCACACCGUUUUGUCAUGGGAACAGCUCCGUAAAUAACCAAACACUGGGCAUGCGGUUUUGGGAAGCAGGGUACUGGGCGAAUCUCAUGAACCCCGGUGAAACGGUGACUCGAUCCGUGGACGCAAAUGGCAAUCUCGAGACGGAACAAAAGCGUUACCAUAUCUCAGCUUUGUUCGUUGUAAAUUUAGGAUGACAUUGACAUCAAGUAGAGGAAGAAUAUGUUGAUGUAGCGAUAACAUCAAGUGCUAGCAACAGCAAUAAAACCAACUCCAACUCCACCAAGAACCUUAUAGAACUUGAAACAGCUACUAGUACUAGAAGAUGACGAUCAUGAGCAAUAAACAUGCUCGUAAAUAUUUUUGAUUAAUAAAUGUUUCAAGAAUAUCUUCUACUUGCGGUUUCGGAUACUCUUACGUUAGUCCCAGGACCACCUAGUAUCCGCAUCCCGAAGAUAUCUUCUUCGAUUCGCCCUCACCUUUUUCUAACCCUCGUGAACAUCCUCACCACGAUGUAUGCGGACACGAUACGGGAGACCUACGGACAGAUGGGGAAGGAUCCGAACUCAUUGGCGAAUUUGGACCAAGAUCUCCCUAAUUACCUCUACGGAAGCGGCCAGGUGGCUCUUUUUAGUCUGCCGCAAGAUUAUGAAGAGAGUUGAGGUUUUGAAAUUCUGCACCUUGAAGUGAACAACUUUUUCUUAGUUGCUUUUGGUAGGUUUUCCAGCUGUAAUUAAGAAGUGUGAAUAAACGGAGAAGAGGGCCAGGGCUGCUGUGAUCACUGAAAUGGAAUCACUGCCUUUUUUGUAAGUAAGCGAUAUUGAAAUUAUCAAAAAUUUUGAAUUUUUCGUCAUCUAAUCCCAAUACCUGUGGUGCGAGAGUUGGUGUGCAGGUGGUGAAGUGAAACGACGGGCGAAGACGAUCGAUCUUUGUCAGAACCCGCUUACAAAGGAACACAAACUCGACAUGGCGCGACGCAUCAUCGGACCCAUCUGGGGAAGGUAUGACGACUACAUGAACAAAAUUAACCAAGUGGAACCACUGGGAGUCGGAGACAUCAACUCAAAGUUUUCGUCGGUCUUUCCACACGGAGAAGUAGAUGACUUUGAAAUUGAUACUACUGCGGAUGUGGAGGCUGCUAGUACAACUACAACAAAUGGGAAUGUAAAUGAAGACGAUGAUGAAAGUGAGAAGUCGCGCGAAGAUCUGUGAGCCACCGAGAAUGCUUGUCACUUUUAUCUCACACUUUCGUCGUAAACUUCAAGAAACUUAUCAACCUGAAGAUCUAUUUUAUUCGAAUAUUUGAAAUGUGAAAACCGAUCACGAGUCGUGAUUACAGCUAGGAAACGAAUAGAAGAAGGCUUGGACGAAAUGUCAUCUCGGGCGCACUGUUUUAGAUUUCUACUUGUCCGACGCCAAAAGCAAAACAGUCGUAAAGACAAAAACGAGUGAUCUUGUUUGGCCGAUGUGGAGGAUGCUCGUUAGCACCACGUAGAUGAUCUUUUCUACAGCAGACGCUUUUGAUCAUGUUUUUUCAACGAGGACUUACUUUUGCUUCAUCAUCAGCCGUGCGCUCAUUCAGGUUCUCGUC